ACUUUCCAAGGAGUGGCCCUUCUUACAAGUGUAAAUAAAGGGUCUCAAGUAUGAUGCAUUAGUGUCGUCCCAUGUGACAAAUAAUACUCUGAAUAGGGGAGGCAGGCUGAUCUUUUCCUAACAGGAUUCCAGUACACCUUAGAAGUGCUUGAGGAAGAGUGAUAAAGACAGGCAUGAAGCCUCCGUCUCACAGCUGCAGUUACUGUUGAAGCAAUCCCUACCUAAGUUGACAGUGUUGGUGUGUUUAAAUUUUUUUGAGUUUGCAAAUAAGCAUAUUAAGUCUACUGAUGGAGCCUUCAGGCAGUGAACAAUUAUUUGAGGACCCUGAUCCUGGAGGCAGAUCCCAAGAUGCAGAGGCCAGAAAGCAGACAGAAUCAGAACAAAAGUUGUCUGAAAUGACCCACAAUGCUUUGGAGAACAUUAAUAUGAUUGGCCAAGGCUUGAAGCAUCUCUUCCAGCACCAGCGCAGGAGGUCAUCAGUGUCUCCACACGAUGUGCAACAAAUUCAGGCAGAUCCAGAACCUGAAAUGGAUCUGGAAAGCCAGAACGCAUGUGCUGAGAUUGAUGGUGUCCCCACCCACCCCACAGUCCUGAAUCGUGUCCUGCAGCAGAUCCGAGUGCCACUCAGGAUGAAGAGGGGGACGAGCUUGCAUAGUAGGUGGGGCAAGCCAGAGGCCCCAAAGGGAAGUCCCCAAAUCAACAGGAAAUCUGGCCAGGAGAUGGCAACUGUUAUGCAGUCAGGCCGACCCAGGUCUUCAUCCACUACCGAUGCUCCCAUCAGCUUCGCCAUGAUGGAAAUAGCUUGUGCUGCUGCUGCUGCCACUGCGUGUCUGCCAGGGGAUAAGGCGUCUGCAGAGCGGAUCGAGCAGUUGGAAGUAGGCAGCCUCGCCCAGACUUCCAGAGCAGUGGCCUCCAGCACCGAUGGCAGCAUCCACACAGACUCUGUGGAUGGAACACCAGACCCUCAGCGCACAAAGGCUGCUGUUGCUCACUUGCAGCAGAAGAUCCUGAAGCUCACGGAGCGGAUCAAGAUCGUGCAGACAGCCCGGGAUGACAACGUUGCUGAGUACCUGAAGCUUGCCAACAGUGCAGACAAGCAGCAGGACGCCCGUAUCAAGCAGGUCUUUGAGAAGAAGAACCAGAAAUCUGCCCAAACCACCCUCCAGCUCCAAAAGAAGCUUGAGCGCUACCACAGAAAACUCCGAGAGGUGGAGCAGAAUGGGAUCCGCCGGCAGCCAAAGGACGUCUUCAGGGACAUGCACCAGGGUCUGAAGGAUGUGGGAGCGAAGGUGACCAGCUUCAUUGAAGGUGUAGUGGACAGUGUCAAAGGUGGACACUCCAGCUUCUCCCAGGCGACCCAUUCAGCAGCAGGGGCUGUGGUUUCAAAGCCCAGAGAGAGCGCCUCACUGAUUUGGAGUAAGUUUGGCAGUGCAGACAAUAUCCCUAACCUGAAGGACUCUUUCGAGGAAGGACAAGUGGAUGAUGGGGGAAAGGCUUUGGGAGUGAUUUCAAACUUUCAGUCGAGUCCCAAAUAUGGUAGCGAGGAAGAUUGUUCUAGUGCCACCUCAGGCUCAGUGGGAGCCAACAGCACCACUGCAGGCACCGCUGGAGGAUCGUCCAGCUCCAGAACAAACACCCGGGACAUGCAGAGCUCAGGAUUCGAUGUACCGCUGCAUGAGAUCCAGGAGAUCCGGGAAAACCAGGCCAGACUGGAGGAAUCUUUUGAGACCCUCAAGGAACAUUAUCAGAGGGACUAUUCAUUAAUAAUGCAGGCCUUACAGGAGGAGCCACGUAGAUGUGAACGAUUAGAAGAACAACUGAAUGACCUGACAAAGCUCCAACAGAAUGAAAUCUUGAACUUGAAGGAGGAAUUGGCCAGCAUGGAAGACAAAAUUGCAUAUCAGUCCUAUGAAUGGGCCAGGGACACCCAGGAGGCCCUGGAGGCGUGCCAGACCCGCAUCUCUAAGAUGGAGCAGCAGCCGCAGCAGCAGAUGUUGCAGCUGGAGGGGCUGGAGAACGCCACGGCGCGCAACCUGCUGGACAAGCUCAUCUGCAUCCUCCUGGCGCUCAUGGUUGUCCUCCUGGUCUUCGUCUCCACAGUGGCCAACUGCGUGGUCCCGCUCAUGAAGACGCGCAACAGGACGUUCAGCACUUUAUUCCUUGUGGUCUUCAUUGCCUUCCUCUGGAAGCACUGGGAUGCCCUCUUCAGCUACGUGGAGCGGUUCUUUUCCUCCCCGAGGUGA